CGCCGAAUCUAAUCUGGUCGGAGAGCAUUUUAUAUAGUAUAGAGAAACCGAAAUCAUGAGCACGCGCACGACAGCUGAGAGAAAGACGAAGCAGACGGCGCGCAUUGUUAUCAUUGGGGCCGGAGCUUCGGGCAUUGCGGCAGCCACUCGGCUGUUGGAGCUGGGCUUUCGGAACGUGAAGAUCUUGGAGGCGGAGAGUCGCGUGGGCGGACGCAUCAAUACCGUGCCGUUCGGCGACAGUGUGGUCGACAAGGGCGCCCAGUGGUGCCAUGGCGAGGGCACCAAUGUCGUCUACCAGCGGGUGAAGAACUUGAAUCUCUUGCACGCCACCGGCGAUGCUCUGAAGGCCACGUACUUCGUGCGCUCCAACAAGGAGAUCCUGAGCGAGGAGACAGCCCUCCAGCUGACCACGGCCGUGGAGAUGUCGCUGCCCACGGAGCCGAACGAAGCCAACGGCUCGCUGGGCGACCACUUGACGAGCAACUACUGGCAAAUUGUGGCCAAGUCGCCAGCUGUGGAUCGCACCGUGGCAAAGGAGCUGCUGGACAACCUUCAGAGAUUCCGCUGCUCCUUCACGGCCUCGGAUCAUUUGUUCGAGGUCUCGCGCCGUGCCCACCUGGAGUUUGCCAAGGACGGGGGCGAGUUCAUGCUCAACUGGCGCGACAAGGGCUACAAGACCUUCCUGCGCGUGCUGAUGAACGCCAAGGCGGACCAGCCCGAGGAUCUGGGCGUGCUCAAUGGGCGUGUGCAGCUGUACAAGCGCCUCACCGAGAUCAACUGGGAUGGCACCGGUGAGCUGCUGCUGCGCUGCUGGGAUGGCGAGGUGCUCACUGCGGAUCAUGUCAUCUGCACCGUCUCCUUGGGCGUGCUCAAGGAGCAGCACCAGAAGCUCUUUGUGCCGCCGCUGCCUGCGGCCAAGGUGCGAGCCAUCAAUGGCCUCAAGCAGGGCACUUUGAACAAGCUGUUCCUGGAGUAUGCUUCGCUGGUCUUGCCCAAGGAUUGGUCGGGCGUCAACUUCCUCUGGCUGGAGGAGGAUCUGCAGGAGCUGCGCGGCACCGAGCGCUUCUGGCUGGAGGGCGUCUUCGGCUUCCAUCGCGUUUUGCACCAGCCACGCCUACUGCAGGGCUGGAUCAUAGGCGAGCAUGCUCGCUACAUGGAAACCCUCACCGAGGAGCAAGUGCUCAGCGGCCUGCAGUGGCUCUUCAACAAGUUCCUGCCCUUCGACAUGCCGCAGCCGUUGAGGCUCAUGCGUUCCCAGUGGUACUCGAAUCCCAACUUCCGCGGCAGCUACAGCUCGCGCACCACCUACACGGAUGAGCUGCGCACCGGUCCCUGGGAUCUGGAGACGCCCCUGCUCAACGCCGAUGGCACGCCGAGAGUUCAGUUCGCUGGCGAGGCAACCAGCAAGACGCACCACUCCUCAGUGCACGGCGCCACCGAAACCGGUUGGCGUGAGGCGGAUCGCCUCAAUGCCUACUACAGCGCUCGAAACGCGUAAAGAGAUUACGAUUACGAAA